AUCAUACAUUUCUCAGUUCCUCAUGUUGUUGAUAAGGUAGAGUGCCGCAAAUAACAGUCUCACACACACACACAGGAAGUGUGUGUGAACCCAUUUCUCAAACUAUUUCCGUGUAAACUCAUUCGCACCGGAGACACCAACAAGCAAACCAUCACCCUGUUACUAAAACUGGAUCCGAUGCAGGCAGUGAGUGCUGAUCCAAGGGUGCCAGAGCCCACUCCAGAAAACUCUGGCAUUUCUAAAGGACUCAAUAGAAACGACCUAAACAAUGGGGCUCUUGAGAAGUUUGCCCAAAGUAUGACUGAGAACAUUAUCCAGUCAUUUUUAAGCCAAAUGGAAAUGGCGGAGCCCGAGGUGGACUGCGAGGUGUCCAGAUUUAAUCAAAACCAGGAGAUGUUAGCUGAAGGGUUAGCUUCAGCAGUGAUAGAGGUUGCUCUGAGGGAGGUGUGUAGAGGUCAAAGUGUUGAGGAUCACUUAGAGUGUUCACGAUCAGCUGAGAUGAAAGGUGGGCAGGGUAAAAAUCAAUCUUUUAUGGAUGAAUUUGAAAGUGAAACAGACUUCUUGGACAUGGACACAGAAAUGGAUCUCGUCAAGAAGAUUCAGACUUCCAAAGUCACCCAGCUCUGCCACCCACCUCUUUCCCAGUCAGGGCUCCCCGUCGUGGGAUCCCUCGACUACCCAGAUGCCCCUCCGACCACACCUCUCCUACCUGAGCUUGAGAGGAGCAGAAACAGUUUCGCCAGGAAGCUAAAAGGAGGCUUGGCGAAGGCUUUCCUGCCUUCACCUCCUCCGCCAACCCCAAAGGACGAAGAGUACGACUCAGACGGCGUCACCAAAGACCCUCGGGUGGAGUUAAUGGAGCAUCUGAUUCACUCACUACCAACAGAUAAUCUGGCAAGAGACUAUUUUGAAGUAGGACCUCAUCGUGGAGCCCAGGUGGAAGCUUUCGCUGAGGUUCUUUCAUGCGACAUCAUUGACCAGGUCUUAAACAGAGAGCUGAUAACCGACGAUGGCGAUCUUCAUCUGCUGGCCCACCAACUGGCUCAAACCAUCAUCACCUCCUCCCUUGAUGAAGCUAAAAUGCUUACCUAGUGUUUUAAUAUGAUUAAUGGGAUCAUAUUUGUGAUGACUGGCAUGUAGAUAUACACAAGAACAUAAAAAUGAUAUCCAUAGACGUGUUGACUCCAAGUUCACUGAUAUUUUCAUCAAAGUUUGGUUUACUGCAAUAAUAUUGCUCUGUAAUCUGAAGUAGUAUUUUAUUUCUCAGUAAAGUUCAGAUAAAGUUCAGAUAAAGCUCAACCAGAUGAAGAGUUUAAUUGUGCAAUAUUACCCGUUUCUUGCAAAAACUGACCAGAGAUCCAACAAAAAGACGUCUGGUUUCCCGUUAAAACAAACAGUGGAACUUUUAAUCAUGCAUGAGAUCUGUGUGUUUUAGAUGCUGGAUGAUGAACCUGAGAUAAAGGUUUUAAUCCAAGAUGAAUUAAAAAAGGUACACUGGUAUGAAAACUUUAAUAAUCUUAAAUGUAAUUCUGACUGGGCUCCAACUGCAGUAAACAUAUACGGCCUUUAGAUGGCGACAUAAGAGCAAUGUGAGUGUUUUCAGCAUGAGAUCAGCAAGCUUGAUUAUCAGACAGCAACUUCAUUGAAUUAAAUUGUUUUGCUAUAAAUAUAAAUAUUCAUAUCAGA